UUGGCUAGCCCGUCUCCUCUUCUUUAGGCCCUUGGCCAAUAAGCUGUCUCUAUAUAGCAUUACAUUCUUUUAGGCGACAGCAGAACUUGAGGACAGAUCUUUUCACAGAGUGAUUCUACAGACAAACUAAUAGUGUUAGGCUUAGAGAAUGUGUAAAGGGUUUGCAGUCUUACAGCAAACAUGUCUUGAGAGGGCUAAACAUAUCAAGGUGAAGUUUGGUACCCUGCUCCAGAGGCCAGACCAUGAACACACUGAGAAUGUCAUCCCCUUUCAGAAGAAACCUGAGAAUGUCAUCCCUCUUCUAAAGAAACCUGAGAGAUGUCUGGAGACGCCUCCGAAGUAUGACAGACCAUCAAGAGCGGAAGCAUCGCAGUGGGGGAAGGCCCUGGACAAUGUACUGACCAACAGCUAUGGCCUGGCUACUUUCAGGGGCUUCCUGAGGUCAGAGUUCAGCGAGGAGAACAUUGAGUUCUGGGUAGCCUGUGAGGACUACAAGAGGACCAGAGAAACAAGCAAAAUGGCUGCCAAGGCUAAGAGGAUUUAUAAGGAGUUUAUACAGACCGGAGCCCAGUGGGAGGUGAACAUUGACCACAUCACCAAGGACGUAACAUUAAGGAACUUGGGCCGACUGACUCCUAUGACCUUUGACCUAGCCCAGAGACAGGUCUUUGCCCUCAUGGAGAAAGAUUCAUACAGGAGGUUCCUCAAAUCCAACCAAUACCAGGAGAUUAUAAAGUAGAAACUCAAACACUGAUUGGCUAGAGUCGUGUCAUCAGACUGAUUGGUUGGUUGAUUGAUUGAUUGACUUGAUUUAUCAAUCAUGUCAUCGGACUGAUUGGAGGGUUCGUUGGUCUGUUAGUCAUUUUUUGGAAUCUGAUAUUUAAAUUACACACCAGCACCUAUUUACCUGAAUCAUUAUUCAACUGAUAUUGUAUCUAAAGGAAAUAAAUAUUACACGCAAAUGUUUCUUUUUAAGUCUUAAUUUUAGCACUGCAAUGUAUAAAUGAAUACUUCAGAAGUAUGACGAAGAGUGUGUGUGUGAGUGUGUGGUUUGAGGAAGGAUGGGGAGACAAUGCAGUGACAACACAAGUUAACCUCUAUUCACAUAACUAGCUAUGCACACCACCAACAGAUGAUAUAGUGAGUACAUCAGAGCUUUACCUGACAUGCACCACACACCUCUGAAAAUAGAAAGUGUCUUCAUUCAUUCAUUCAAUUAAUUCAAUCUGCAAUAAUAAAAAAAACAUGUCAAGCUA